GAUGAAAACUGGAGUCUGGGGAGAAAUGGGAAGAAGAAAAAGGGGUCCCUGUGAGAAAAAGUGAAGAAAUGAGUUGGAAGGCAUAGUGUGGGAUUUGCAGGCUCGCCAGUGUGCGUGUCGCACUCGUCAGGCACCGUUUAUCUCAGGGGCUGGGCUGGGCUGGAGUAGCGGGAACCGAGUGGCGCCGUCCGGAUACUUUGUAACUUUUUAUUAACCCAAUAAAAUUACCUUGGGAAAAAUACAAGUGACUGGGAAUGAUUUCCAGGGAGGCUGGUUCUGAUUCUGGGAUCAGUGCCUGAGUGAGCUGCUUUAGCUGAUGUCCCAGGUGAAGGAGUCCCCCGGGCCAGAAAGGCCAGAAGACGGCACUUGCACAGAAAACAGCCUUUUGCUCCACACCGAUGAUGCCAAUAAGCAUGAAGAAGAGAGAAAAGUUUCACCGCAGGAGACUUUACCACCAUCAGGUAACUGGGCCAUCCAUUUGGAUGCACCACACCCACCAAACCAGAUGAAUGACACGACUGGUGACCUCAUUAUAACUCAACCUCAAUCCAUGACAGCACUGGAACAGACCGAGGGGGAAACUGGCAAAUUACAAAAUAGCCACACAAGCCUGAGUAAUGUAAAUGGAAUUCACAACGGGAUCACACAUGGGAUUUCGGACCACAGAAAGCUUUCUGCUCCAGUCUCUCAGAAAAUGCACAGAAAACUCCAGUCAAGCCUUUCAGUUACUAGUAAUGCCAGCAAAAAAAGCAAAUUAAGCUCUACAAAUUCUCAGAAACCAGCAUCGACACCAGAAGAUGGUUGUGUGCAUUGCAUUCUCGCCUGCCUAUUUUGUGAAUUUGUCACCUUUUGCAACAUUAUUCUGGGACAAGCUUCGUGUGGUAUAUGCACAUCUGAAAACACUUGCUGCUGUUGUGGACCAGAUGAUUUUGGGGAUGACUGCAACUGCCCAUGUGAUAUGGACUGUGGCAUGAUGGAUGCCUGCUGUGAGUCCUCAGACUGCUUGGAAAUCUGUAUGGAAUGCUGUGGGAUAUGCUUUCCUUCAUGAUCAUCUGACUUAACAUCUUUUUUAAAGCUUUGCUUUUCAAAAAUCGACAUAAUGCCUCCUCAUGGACAUGAUGUACCCAUGUGAUUAUUCUCAACAGACCAGAUACAUAUAAGCUUUUACAUUGGUAUUAAAAACAAUUACUGUGGAAAUGAAAAUCAUCUCUGAACUAUUAUGGGCAAUGAUCUGGCAUGUUUAUUUGUUAAAUGUGCAGGAAAAACUUCAUUAAAGCUUGCAAAUGUUGCUUUAUUAUUAGGUAAAGAUGUUGCUAUGGAAUAUUUUACUUGUCUAUGAUUAGAUUAUGUACAGUUUCAAAAAAAUUCUGCACAGACUUUUAUGUAUUAAUGUUAUGUAUUGUUAAACGUGUUUUGAAUAAUUGGAUUAUACACAGAGUUUAUAAUCUGGGUUUGUAGUUCUCUGUCCUGAUUAUUUUUGUUUUUUUUUAAAUUCAAAUUAGAGGAAGGGGUUUAGUUGCUGUUCCUACUAAAUUAUUAACAAUAUGCUCAUUAAUAUAACUGGCUUUCUGUUACGCCACUGGUGUUUAGGGCAGCAAUGAAGGCCCUCUAUCUCUGUCUGUCCAUACAGAUAUAGAAGGAUUCUUCACGGCAGUUUAAUAACUUUUUUUAACUGGAGGACUAGUGGAUCACGUUUUGUCUGGCCUCUACCUUAUGACCUGUUUGGCAUACUCUACCGAGAGCCAAACCACAAGGCCCGGACUCCAGCCCGCACAGCUCUGUGGGUCAUUGAGUCACACAAGCCUCCUAAUCCUGCGACAACCUUGGAGGACCUUAAUAUAAACAAAGUGUAUAAUCUUUGUAUUUAGUGCCUUGACUUUAAAAACAAGUUUUGUAAAAACUUCCUUUUUGUUGUGUCCAUCAAACAGGAACAAUUGUAACAAGUCUUCAUCUCUGCUUAUUUUCUUGAAUGAGUUGUUAUAAAUUAUAAAUCAACUUAAGCCUACCUGCAUGGGGAAUUAGGAGGGGUUUUGAAUACAGUCAUAUAUGUCAUUAAUUUAAGAACUAUUUUUUCUGGAAACUUAUUGAGUAGAAUAGCAAUAAGUCGAAUAAAGUUGAAAAGCAAUGCAGGUUAAUAGGGGGGAAAAUUUGUUUUAAUUUGUACGUAGCUUCUCUUUCUGAGAGAAACAAAGGCUGACCAUAUAUUUUUAUAGCUUAUGUUUUUAACAGACUAGAGCAUUGGUCCGGGCCAUGUACUAAAACCAACCAAGACUAUUUUUAAAAUAAAAACAA